ACCAGACCCAUUAGUCGCAAUUUGGACAUGUCAGACGCCCAAUGAAGGCGUUACAAAAAUUUCCAGUAAUACACCAACAGGAAUAACAAUGUUUUCCCGGGCCGCCAAGUCCAUCGUGAAAACUAUCGGUCAGCGAAAAUAUCAUGCUGGUGAAGAGAACAUCAAGUCGGCGGUGAUUGGAGGCGCAGGGGAACUAGGACAAUCUCUCUCGCAAAUGUUGAAACAAACCUCGAAGCUCGACGUACUCGCUCUGUAUGACGUGGCCGCGUUAAAUAAACGAUAUUUAACACCGAUGCGAAUCAAGAACUUCAAGGACAGUAACACCGCCGCAAAUACCGCGAAUUCGCGGAUGCUGACGAUGCUGGAGAAAUCGAGAUCGAAUAAGAGCGGCGAACAUCUGAAAACACCAUACUUCUUCAAUCGCGUGUCAAAUGCAAACCAGAAUGCGACUGAAGAGCUGGUCAGAAGCCUGCGUCAGCUGCCUAUCGCCGAGGAAUGCGCUACAAAUCAGUUUGCGAGACCAACGAUGGAAUCGCAGAGGGCGAGCAUCGGUUCGCUCGGAAUCAAGGGAUCGAGCGCGCGAGCCUCGGACCGAAGAAACAGGGGCCCUUUGUCAAUGACCUCUAACUCGAUCUUCAACCACGUCACGAAGAACCACAUCCUCGACGGUCUCGCCAGUUCGUAUCGAGAUAUGGUACUCUUGGAACAGGACAGAAUCGGCAACGACGACUACUUCCCCCAAGGCGAGGAAUACGAGGACGAGAUCGGUUUAGACUAUGGCCAACUGCAGAAAGAGUUCCCCAAUAGACGCGUUUCCAGAGACGAAGACAUGGACUUGCGUCCACGGAGUCGUUCGUACGAUGGCGCGUCUUUUAAGGAUCUUUUCGAGUCGUUGUCGUUGAAGAACGACGCGUCGAUUCCUCUUAGCGUUUAAGCGUUUAAAUGGCAACCACUUGACAUUCAUCGAAGAUACGAGACAUUUGUUGCCUGUGCGUUUACCAUCGUUCGUCUAAUAUUACUAUAGAAGAUCGUCGAUAGAAUAUCGUUUCGCCGCGGAUUUCGCCUUGCGAUCGUGAUAGCCAUCUCCUUCGUAAACCAUCAUCUUUUACUUUCCAUUCGUAAUACACGUUCGAUUCGGUCGUGGGCGAAGGAGGGAGGUGGGCCAGAGGCAAGGCGUUUGCAACGAGCGAUCGAAGGAGAAACGAGAGACCUAAGCAAAACGCGAUAUGAUGUAUCCAGGGUGUAGGGAGAAAGAGGCGGCAGCUACGAUUGGGCGAGCCGGACUGCGGCGAGGAUCCGCCGGAUUGGCCGAAAAAGAGCCCUUGCCAUC